AUGCCUUCGAGUAAUGAUUACAAAAUGGUUCGUGGAGGACCAUUAAAGCUGAAAGGAAACAAGUCACUAUUCAAAGCUGACAAAACAAAAAAGAAGAAACGGAAACAUGAAGACAUUAGCAAAAAGUCUGAUGCAGACGCAGAAAAACAUGGGGGCUGGAGACGCAUAUGUGAUGAAACGGAAUUGAAAGGUGGCAUUAAUAUCGCUUUUGAAUGUGGAAGUGGUUCAGGAUGCUAUCUAGCAGCGAUGGAUAAUGGACGUUUUACAGUAGGCGGCCCACACGCACCUGGCGAAGAGCCUAACCCAGAGGAAAUUCUCACGCUUAUAAAAACUCCCGAUGAUCCCAAUAUUAGUCUCAAAACAGGCUACGGGAAAUACGUGGGGGUUGAUGCAGAGGGCAGUUUGAUUGCCACCGCGGAUGCAAUUGGAACACGAGAACGUCUCUUUGUGGUUUUCCAAGACGGGAAAUCUGCCAUUCAGACGUUGUCAAGCAACCUAUUUUUGAGUCUGAAGCUUGAUAAAGAUGGUUAUGUCCAUGCAGUUAGUAAGAAAGUUGAGGAGGAUGAAGUCAUUAAUCUUAGAACCAAUGCCGUGCAAGAGGGACCCGUAGAUUGGCGUUCAGAGGAAGAUAAAAAGUCAGCAAAAAAAUGCGAGAUGGCCUACGUAAAGAUGUACCAGCAUUCUAAGGUGUCUUUAAAAGGCAAAAAUAUAACGGUGGAUUUAAACGACAAGGCGGCCGUCCGAAGAGCGCAAGUUGAGGGUAACCUGCACGAAUUACUACUGGAAAGGCGUGCUAAGACGAAAAGUGACAAGUAUUGCUAG